CAAGUCGAGUCAUCCUGUUAUCUCUGCAAUAUUUCAUAAAAGCGUAGCCUCCACACCGGCGCUUGUAUUAGAUAUCAGAAGAAGCUGCAACUAGCCGUAGCCACACCUUUGCUCCUUUUCUUGACAAGUCUGCAUGCAGUGGCGAAUCAUGUCUGCUCCACUAUUGGCGAUCGUGCUGCUUGCCCUUUUGGCCUCAGGUUCAGCACACGACCACGAUAACCACAACCACGACAGCCACGACAAAGUGGACGAGGAGGCAACCACUUUACCGCCGCAGCAACUACCUGAAAUUCAGUGCUCGUCCGGGGUGGUGUGCGAAAGCCAAUGGGGACCAAAUGCUGAUUGCUUUGGUGGACGGUGCGAGUGCAAGGACGGGUCCGAAUUUUAUGCGGAUGAAGCAAAGUGCAUAGAGCCUAUAACAUCAUUUAGAUCAAGUCAAACGUGCACAAGCGACAGAGAAUGCAGAAUAAAUGAAUCAAAGUGUCGCCAAGGGAAGUGCCAGUGUGAAGAUAAAUUUAUUGAAUCAAUUGACAAGAGCAAAUGCUUGCCACUGAUGGAUAGGAUCGGUGGUGGUUGCGAGGAAGACAUGCAGUGCAGCACAUUAAACAGAAACACUGAAUGUAAGGAUUAUCAAUGCGUUUGCAGACCAGGCACGAAGCUCAAUCAACUGGGAGCAUGCAUUGAAUCAAAAGAUCUGGAUGCAAAAUGCAAUGGAAAUGACAUGUGCACAACGCCAAAUUCUAUAUGUUACCAAAAUACUUGUGUGUGCAAGGAGGGCUUUGUGGUUGCCGCCGACAACAAAAGAUGUUUGGAGGUAGCCGAUGGAUUCAAAUCUCGCUGCGAAGAGUCGAUCCAGUGCACCGUAGCGUUUGGCGAUUUAGCAGAGUGCCUUAGGAGCGAGUGCAUCUGCAAGACUAGAACGCAUUUUUCAGAUAUGAAAUGCUGGGAGGAUAAAGGUUUAGGCGAUCGGUGUGACAGACCAGACGAGUGCUAUAUUGCAGCUGAUGGCAACAACCAGAGGUUACACUGCAUAGCCGGUUCGUGCACGUGCAAGCCUGAGUACAAACCAGAUUUAAGCACUAGACGUUGCAAUAGUGCCGCAUCUCUAAUUAUGAUGCCUGGCCUGCUCGCGGUGCUGAUCGCAGCAGUGCGAUUUGCCUAACAGGGAGGAGCCACUGAAUUUCUACACCUUCUAAAUGCGAAGUCCAGACUAACGAGAGCGUAUGAAUGCAGCAGAACCUGAGCAGAACCGAAUUUAGCUAUUAUAUUUUAAUGAAUGAAAUGUAACGGGCCAUAAUUGAAUGUGAAUAAAAUCAGCCAUGUUUUUCUCAACAAUUUAA